AUGGCUAUUAAGCUACCUCGCGUAGCUAUAAUUGGCGCCGGCCUGAGUGGUGUUGUCUCUGCAAAACAUCUCAAGUAUUCCGGUGCGGAGGUUGUAGUUUACGAAAGGUCCAGCAAAAGUGGAGGGAACUGGGUUUACGAUGACCGAAAAGCACCCGAGCCCAUAUACCCAUCACUUGAUCCAUCGCGAGCAGAAUUGGCCUCUAUAGAUUCAGAAGCAACAUCAAAUGGGGAGCAGAAACAAUUUUCUUUGAAUGGCGACCACGAGAACAGUCCGAAGUUUGAUAAAAUCGAAUUGGCGUAUGCGCCUCCAGGCCCCGCAUAUGACGGGCUUACAACCAAUGUCCCAACCAACUUACAAGAAUUGAAAGGCUACCCAUGGCCAGAAGGGAAUGAGCAAUUCGUUAAUGUAAGAGUUUGCGGGGAGUAUAUUCAAUCAUAUUCUCGCGAAUUCGGCAUCGAGCAAGUAACCAAGUAUGAUACACGAGUUGAAAAGGUCGAGAAGAGGGGAGACAAAUGGAGAGUUUUAUCCACUACUUUGCUCCUUGAGGGACCUAAUAAGGGAGAUAUAACGAGUAAUAGUGAUGAAUUUGACCGAGUCGUUGUGGCGAACGGUCAUUAUCAUGCGAGCAAGGUCCCAGAUACCCCGGGUUUGAAAGAUUGGAAAUACACAUGGCCAGAUAGGGUUCAGCAUUCGAAAUCAUAUAGGACACCUGAUGAAUUUAAAGAUCAGAAUAUUCUUCUGAUAGGCGCCGGCGUUUCCUCAACCGAUAUUGCACGAGAACUGUCCCGGGUCGCUAAUAAGAUAUACCAAUCUUCCAGAGGCGGUCCAUAUGACCUACCCAUCGAGCUCUUGCCAGCAGUAGCAUCCAGAGUAGCCGAAGUCGCCCAUUUUGAACGCCCCACGAAAGACCAAAUCAAGCCGGGAUAUGUUACCCUCAAAGACGGCCAGAUUCUAACAGACAUCGAUAGGGUCAUCGUUUGCACAGGAUACCACUUUUCCCUGCCGUUCCUUCGAAGCUUCCACAGUGAUUCGACGGCAGUGGACAAGGCAAACGAUACAGUUCUUGUCACGGACGGAACCCAGAUGCACAAUCUCCACAAGGACCUCUUCUACAUCCCGGACCCCACAAUUGCAUUUGUAGGGGUCCCUUUCUACACGGCGACGUUUAGCUUCUUUGAGUUCCAAGCCAUUGCUGUGGCGGCAGUGUUUUCUGGCCGAGCUUCGUUGCCUACGGAAGACGAGAUGCGGACAGCAUACCGAGAGAGAGUGCAGAGGAAAGGAUCGGGGAGAGCGUUUCAUGAUAUGAAGGGCGAAGAAGCGGCAUAUGUGAAAGACUUGGUGGAGUGGGUCAACUCAGAUGCACAAUUGAUAGAUGGCCGCAAGGUUGUGGGACAUUCAAAAGAGUGGUUGGAACAGAGGGAGGUACUUCGGGAGACAUUUCUGAAGUUCCUUGCUGCGAAAGAGAGCCGAGAAAGAGAGAAGAAUCUUUGA